AUGAGCUUGAAAGAAGUAUUCGAACAACAUCCAUGGAGGUCAUUUAAGAAGUUCAAUGAAGCUGCAAAGAGUUGGGGAUUUACUAACAGAGCUGAAGUGAAAAGGUUCUUUGACAAAAAUGUUGUACAUCAAACAAAAAUAAACCCUUACGACUACUUUUUACCAAUUUACUCCAACACUCCUGACGCAUACCAAUUUGACACUCUCAUUCAAAGCAGAAAAGGAGGACAUAAACCAUUCCUCAUCUUCAUUAAUGUUAACACUUGUAAAGCAUAUGCAUAUCCAAUGAAAAAUAAAGGAACUCGUGAAGUGUUAAGAGUUUUACAAAAGUUUGUAGCAGAACAUAGCCCAAGUACUUUAACAUCAGACCAAGACAGUGCAUACCUCAGCAAUGAAAUCACAGAUUUUCUCAUUAAGCAUAACAUAACUCACUACACUACUGAAGACCAUAACCAUAACAUACUCGGCAUCAUAAACCGCUUCAUAAGAACGCUCAGAGAUUUAAACCAAGAGCGAGACUUUACCGAAGAAACAAUGA